AGAGAAGAGUCCUGUAAACCUUCGAUGUUUCUUCUCUCGGAGGUCCACAAUUCCUACAAGGAUGCCUAACGAGAACGUGUGUGCCUGUGGCGUAGUCGUGGGUCUGCCGAAAUGCCAGGGAAAGUUUGCCAUCCUUUUACCCAAGACGAAGGGUAACAAGUCAGAGGGCAAGAGUUCGCGGAAACAAUUCGAAGAAGGGCAAGUACCGAAGACUCGAACGUCGAAUGAGAUCGGAAGCAGCAGCACAGUGACUGAGUCCACGAGAUCCACGAUGAAGAGCAGCAAGCACGAGAAGCGGCUCACUCACUCGCGGAGGACUCGAAGUGCCGACAGAACCGAAUCGCAUUAUACUUAUAUCGAUUCGGGCUCAAGUAUCCUCGGUGGUGGGAUUCGUGAGAACACCAUACCGGAAGCGCUGUACGCCACCAUACCGGAUACACCAAAUGCGAGUAUCAAUGAAACUGGGAGUCGACCAAAUUCGCAGAGCAGAUCGCAACCUGUUUAUUCCGUAAUUCCGUCUAUGACGUCGCCACCGCCGACGUACGACGUUGCAAUUGCAAAAACGUGGCAGAACGGUUUGCCACCAACGUACGAGGAGUAUCUUUAUCACAAGAACGCGAUGACGUCACGUUCGCAUACUCCUCCGCCACCGUGGUCGGACUCGACGUCGUCGUCCAAUCAGGCUUCGAAUAUCUCACGACGUGAGCUCUUGGCUAGUCAACCUGAGCUUCGCGAAUAUUUGACGCAGCUUGCACUAAGCGAUCGUGGCUUACAGCAUCAGCAUCAACAACAACGACAACAAUCUAGAGACGAUGUCUACUCACAAUCAGUCCCAAGGGUACAGGUCAGAGUGCAGAGACGUGCACGGGCAAUGCCUCUCAGAUCGCAGAGUGAAAGUCGAGCGCAACAACAACGAAUCGCGGCAAUGUACACGGAUGCUGCGUUUUGCAUGGAAACCACGGUGCUACAGUCGGCUUUCGAUUCUGGGCCAGGAUUUGCUCUCUGCAGCUUGAUGUAAAAGGGCGAACAACUUCAUUUUAACAGGAAAUUGCAGAAAGGUUGAUACUAUCAUCAAUCCACAAUCGAGUCCAUUCCCGAAUGUUUUCCUUGACAGCUCCUUGAGCUGUAUUAAAGAAAGCGUUUGCGAAAUCACUCGACCGUGAAUUAAUAAUAUAUUAAUCUAUUCGCGAUUCAUGUAUGCAACGAGAUAUAGUGUAUUGUUGCAAUGUCACGUCUCGGUGCUUUUAUGAAUUUAAUGAAUAAAGCCUCAUAAUUAGUUUCGAUUCCUAAUAGUAAAGUAUCAUUGCCUCAUAAAUAUAUGUGAAUAUGUAAGUAUCAAAUGGUAUCUACUUGAAAGUAUCUAUUCUCUAUAAUUAUUUCUUGAAUGCAACCGGUAUCACAAUUUAGCGUACUCCUGUACGCUAGUAUCUCUAGAAGAAAGACUUUAGUUUAGUUCCCUUUUUAAUGCAUGCCCACGCAAUGGUGGUACCAACUAAAGUAUGGCGGAAACGCACAUAUAUUCACACUAAAUACAAACACAUUUUAAAC